AUGUCUUUCAACCGGAAAUACGCCGGUCUUCCUGACCUGGAUCUCGCUCCCGAUAUCUACGAGACUCCCGAUCUGACCGACGGAGCUUCUACUAUCCCGACCACAACUCUUCGCACCGCCUCCAACGUAGACGACGAUGCUGGCGACAACUCUGAUAUCGAUCGCCAAGGCAUCAACGCCGACGUGGCGCGCGCCCACUUCCUCGGUGCCACCGUCGACGCCCGCGAAGCCAAUUUCUCAGACAGCAUAGCCGCGAAACGCAAAGCAUACAGAAGCAAGAGCCGUCGGCGACGGAGACAUGAUCUUGGAGCCGACGAACUCGAUGAUCUCAGCGACAGUGAAGACGAAAGUGUGGAGCGCAAGCUGGCUCGUCUGCGCCGCGAAGUCGAGGAACUGAAAGAUCAGCUGGCAACGCAACAAUCUAGUACUGAGUCUGCGGAGACAGCCGCUCUGAGCAAACCUGGAACAGAUGGAACAGAUGGUGUGCUGGAACUGAGUCGCGCAUUGGACAAUCUCUACGCAUCCUCGCGCAGUGGCCCCUCCGGCUCCCACUCGGCCGCAGCUGUCCUGUCUCAAAAGCUCGCCUCCACCUCCACUCCAGAUUCCCCGGUCAGCAACCCCGCUCAGCUGGACGAUCGUAAGCCCACCAACAAUCGCCCACAAACACCCCCGUCCCCGUCCGCGACCGGCGGUGGAGUCCUCGCCCAUGCGGCCUCUUUCGAUGGGCGACUGGCUCUCAUUGAAGCGGCCAUGGGAAUCUCCAGCUCCUCGAAUCCCUUUGUCAACGAUGCCAUCUCUGAACCGGACCUUCAACCGGUUCUUCCUGCGCUCGACCACCUCACCUCUCGCCUCGCCACGCUUAUGAACCUCCUCGUCGGCCCGAACCCCGUCUCCGCCUUCCCAAGCAUGGGCUCAGCUCCCCCCGCCACGACCGUCACCACGCCUCAUCUCGAGUCCCUAUCCAGCCGCGUGCGCAAACUAACCGCCGACACGGAGGCCCUGGCCGCCGCGCGUAAGCGCGCCGUCGACGCCGCCAAAGCGGCCCAAAACGCCCGUAUCUCCUCCACGGCUCUCGAGCCCUCCGACAUGUCGGUCUCAUCUUCGUCCGCCACGGAAGUCGACCCCGCCACCACUCAGCGUGACGAGCAAGCCACCAAGAUCCAGGCCCUCUAUGCUACUCUCCCCACCAUCCAGUCUCUCCACCCGAUUCUCCCCAGCGUCCUCGAACGACUGCGCUCGCUGCGCGCCAUCCACGCCGGGGCCGCCCACGCCUCGGAGUCGUUAGAUGUGCUGGAAAAGCGACAAGCCGAUAUGGCUCGGGAGAUUGAGCAGUGGCGCGAGGGGCUUCGGGUAGUAGAGGAGAAGAUGAAGCAGGGCGAGGCGGCGCUGAAGAAUAAUAUUGAGACCGUGGAGCCGUGGGUCAGGGACUUGGAGAGUCGGCUUGACAGGUUGGGAGUCAGUGGGGUGUAGAUGGUACAAUACAGCAUGUAAAGCAAGAUAAGGAUGGAUUUGAGUUUACGAAGGUGACCCGGCAAGUGCAGGCCAUGAGUUGUCGGGUGUAUUCUUUGGUUUAUGUUAAGCGGAAGAAGACAUUCAGGUUUAUGAUAAGAAUGUACAUACACU